AUGCAGACCAAAUCUGUCCCACAACGAAGAGUAUACGGCAAACGACGCGCUAAUGCCCCCAGGGCAGUCCUCGAAGCGAGUCCGGCGCGAGAGCCUACCAGCAAGUUCCGACAAGUCGACCCUGUGGAAAAUAUUGGAACAAAACUAGCCAAUGUGAAGAUCGAGGAUGAACCGACCCUUGAAAAUUCAGAGCCCGGGAGUGAAGAUGAGGAUGAGCAACAAGAUCUGACGGAUCUUCCCUCCGAGGAGUCAAGCCAGUCCUCGAUCGCGGAAGUCCCAGAUACCCAGAAUGAACAGGCAUCGCCCAUUUGCGAAGCAGAGGAUAAGCAACAAGAUUUGAAGGAUCUGCCCUCCGAGGGGUCAAGCCAGUCCUCGAUCGCAGAAGUCCCAGAUACCCAGAAUGAACAGACAUCGCCCAUUUGCGAAGCAGAGAAGCCAAAAACGCGACCAGUGGUGGAGGUCGUCAUAUACAAUAAAGCGCCAAAGUCCCCCGAAGUCCCGGAACAGACCAGCGAGCUCAGUGCAACUUCUUCAACGACAUCGGAGCCUACAACGAUCCCAUCGGAGCCGGAAGCAACCACAACGGAUGCCCCAUCAGUAUCAGAUUCUACGGCCGACCAAGAAAAAUCGAACGCCGCGGAAAGAAAGCGAGCCGCGCGAAAGAAGGUUCCAACGGCUAGGCGGUCGUCUGGAGUAGUCCAUGACAGCAAAGCAAGCGAAUACGUUCUCGCAAUUCUCAACGAAGCACUUUCCCCGAUUGCCGCGCAGAGUAUCCAAAAAUUCGAUUCCUGGGCUUCACGCUCAGCAAACAUGUUCGAUGUUGUCAAGCUCGCUGAAGGGUCAUACGGUGAAGUCUAUAAGCUCCACAUGCGCGAAGAGGCCUGCAGACCAGUAGUUUCUAAAUCCAAAUUUGCGAAACUGAAAUCCUAUGGCGACGGAGUCUUCAAGGUCGUACCACUGCGGGCGAAGAGUGGUCCAGGAUCGAAAAAGUUCACCAGCAUCGAUGAAAUCGUCGCCGAGGUCAAGAUGCUGAAGUACCUAGAUCCAAUUCCUGGAUUCGCCCGAUUCCGAGAGAUCCACGUUGUCCAGGGCCGGUUCCCUGAGUCCUUCCAGAAUGCCUGGGACCAUUAUAAGAAGACGAAAGAUGACUGCAUGAACCCCAACCCAUCCAAUAAAAGAUCAUACCCCGACACACAGCUAUGGGCAAUCAUUGAGAUGGACGAUGCAGGCUGCGAGCUGGAAAAGUUUGCUUGGUCAUCGAUAUUUCAAAUCUAUGAUAUAUUCUGGGGCGUUGCUAUGGCGCUAGCCCGGGCAGAAGAGUACGCCAUGUUCGAGCACCGAGAUCUGCAUUUGGGAAACGUCUGUAUUCGCUCUACUCGCGAAGAUGGCCGUAUGGACCCGCCCACGGAGAACGACAUCGCACGCCAUUCAUCGGCCAGUGGGUUUGGGUUCAGCACGCUUGAGACCACCAUCAUUGACUAUUCGCUCUCUCGCGCCGAUCUCCUGCUAAGCGAUGAUCCAAAUGGCCUGACUGAGAUCGCAUCAUCCGACCUGGAUAAGAAACAAUUGUUCGAUGCUAUUGGCCAAGACGAAGAUGAGAUCAUGCAGAGAAAUACCUACCGAUACAUGCGCGCAACGCUCUACUCCGACAAUCCGGCAGAAACAGAGAAACCCCCCGAUAUUCCGGGAAUUUGGGCCGAAUACGCGCCUCGCACAAAUUUGGUGUGGCUGCUGUUCUUGCUUCAAAGUCUCUUCAAAAACAGGAAGCCCGAGCCUCAGUCCCAAUCUCAGCGGAAGGCUCUCGCACCUUGCUCGCCCAACAUGAAGGCUCUGAAACCACAGCCUGACGAUUCAAAAACACAAAAGCCCAAGGAUCUACAGGCCGGUAUGUCCCGUUUGAGGGACACCCUUGAGGAGAGACUUAACGCUGUCCUUGGACUUUUGGAUCUGGAAAACGGACAUGAAGACAUGUGCUGUGCGGCAGAUUUGGUGGCUUACGCUAUGGAUUCACAAUGGCUGGGCGAAGAGGACUUCUUUUGA